AUGGCGCCUCAGAGCAAGCCUCGGAGAAGUGCACUCUACGUCUUGGCGCUCUGCGCUGUGGCGGUGGCCACCACAACGGCCGACACGCAUGUGCGCAAGGUCCGUGCCGCCGACGGGUACUUCUACCCCACGCCGAAGGUGCCGUUCGAUCUUCCCCCUCGCACCACUGAGGCGCCCUACACCCGUCCGACUCCACCCCCAACAAGGCCACCAGCUCGUCCUCCAACUCCUCCCCCAACCAGGCCAGCGACUCGUCCUCCAGCAACGUAUCUGCCACCCACAAACAAGCCUGCCCCACCGGCAACCACUCGUGUGCCUCCUCCUCCACCACCGCCAAGGACUCCACCCCCAACAAGGCCACCAACUCGUCCUCCAACCCCUCCCCCAACCAGGCCAGCGACUCGUCCUCCAGCAACAUAUCUGCCACCCACAAACAAGCCAGCACCACCGGCAACCACUCGUGUGCCUCCUCCUCCACCACCGCCAAGGACUCCACCCCCAACAAGGCCACCAACUCGUCCUCCAACACCUCCCCCAACUAGGCCAGCGACUCGUCCUCCAGCAACAUAUCUGCCACCCACAAACAAGCCAGCACCACCGGCAACCACUCGUGUGCCUCCUCCUCCACCACCGCCAAGGACUCCACCCCCAACAAGGCCACCAACUCGUCCUCCAACACCUCCCCCAACUAGGCCAGCGACUCGUCCUCCAGCAACUUAUCUGCCACCCACAAACAAGCCAGCCCCACCGGCAACCACUCGUGUGCCUCCUCCUCCACCACCGCCAAGGACACCACCUCCAACCAGGCCAGCGACUCGUCCUCCAACUGCACCACCAACACGUGCGUCCACUCCAGCACCAACCUACUUGCCACCCACCAACAAGCCAGCACCUCCAGCAACCACACGACCACCAGUGCGCACCACUCAGCCUCCUACCAGGCCCCCAACUCGCCCACCCACACCCCCUCCAACACGCCCACCAACACCACCACCAACAAGGCCUCCAACUCGCCCACCAACUCCACCUCCAACAUAUCUGCCACCCACUGCUCCCCCAACCACCCGCAGACCUCCACCACCACCCACCAGGCCAGCAACCAAGCCCCCAACUAGGGCUACAACUCGAGCAACAACUCCUGCGCCCACUUACUUGCCACCCACAAACAAGCCAGCACCACCAGCUACCACCCGUCCUCCAGUACGCACCACUCAGCCUCCUACCAGGCCACCAACCCGCCCACCCACUCGCCCACCGACUCCUCCACCAACAUACCUCCCACCCACUCCACCACCAACCAGGCCACCAACUCGCCCCCCAACUCCUCCCCCAACACGGCCACCCACUCCUCCACCAACUAGGCCUCCAACAAGGCCACCUACUCCUCCCCCAACCCGCCAAUCCACUCCUGCACCAACGUACUUGCCCCCCACGAACAAGCCUGCACCACCAGCAACCACCCGUCCUCCAGUACGCACCACUCAGCCUCCUACCAGGCCGCCAACCCGUCCCCCAACAAGGCCACCAACUCGGCCACCCACUCCCCCACCCACAUACCUCCCUCCCACUCCACCACCAACCAGGCCACCCACUCGCCCCCCAACUCCAGUGACCAGACGUACACCACCACCAACUCUGCCCCCGACUCGUCCUCCGACUCGUCCUCCAACCAAGCCCCCAACCAGGGCCACAACUCCCGCACCUACCACCCCAGCACCUACGUACUUGCCCCCCACGAACAAGCCUGCACCACCAGCAACCACCCGUCCUCCAGUACGCACCACUCAGCCUCCUACCAGGCCACCAACUCGCCCACCCACUCGCCCACCCACUCGUCCACCCACUCCUCCACCAACAUACCUCCCUCCCACUCCACCACCAACCAGGCCACCAACUCGGCCCCCAACUCCACCACCAACUCGUCCCCCGACUCGCCCACCCACUCCUCCCCCAACUCGCCCACCCACCCCACCACCUACUCGUCCUCCAACUAGGCCUCCAACUCGCGCCACUACUCCUGCACCAACCUACCUGCCACCCACAAACAAGCCUGCACCACCAGCAACCACACGUCCCCCAGUACGCACCACCCAGCCACCAACUAGGCCCCCAACUCGUCCACCCACUCGCCCACCCACUCCCCCACCAACGUACCUGCCCCCCACUCCUCCACCAACCAGGCCACCAACUCGUCCACCAACUCCUCCCCCAACCCGUCCACCCACUCGGCCACCCACCCCUCCCCCAACCCGUCCACCCACUCGCCCGCCCACCACAUACCUGCCGCCCGUCACCACCCGCGUGACCCGUCCACCCACGCCACCACCCACUCGCAAGACCACCAUCUACAUCCCACCCCCGACAAGAGCUAGUGUGCCCCCACAGACGACCAAGCACCAGGGCUACCAGUACCCGAAGCCCAACAUCCCCUUCGACUUCUAG